GGGAGGGGGGUAGAGAAAGACAAACGGAGCAAGAGAGAGAGAGAGAGAGAGAGAGAUCACUUUGGGAGAAGCAGAGUUUCUGUUUUCCUCUGAUACUUGUUUGUGUUCCUAUGCAUACGUAAUUACCGGUGAUUAGCGCUGUCUCGUGGACGUACAGUCUCUGCGGAGUAAUAGCUCCUCAUAGCCUAUGGACGGACUCAUUGAGCGCUCAGCUCUGUCCACGGAGAGGACAGAGGGGACGGGAAGCGGCUGCUAGUGGAAGACGAGAUCAGGAAAGCACAGGAGCUGAGGCAGCAGAGGGGUUCCACUACAAAUACUGGAAUGGAAUAAACCAAUGGGUAACCAACAGUUGUGUGCUUUUUGUUCAAAAACGGUUCGUUUUCAUUUUAUUUGGGCACUUAUGGAUAACUUUCUUCCAACCACUUUUGUCGGAGUUUUCAAACAGAGCAGUGAAGCUACUUCAGAACGGGAUCUGUACAGCAGUCUGCUCUGCUCUUUACACACUACCUAUCUUGGAAUGUUGAUAUUUUAUGUCUAGUGCAGUCUUUGGAAGUAUGAAAUACGUAGGGAUGAAGCUGGUGUAAUUGUAUCCUUUCAGUCACAGCCAUCACUAAAAUGGCCAGUUUUGAGGCUUUGGCUCACAGCUCCCGCAUGUUGGUGUGGCCUGUCGGUUGUGUGUUUUUGUUUUUGGGCUGCUUAUCGGUGGCAUCCUCCUCCCACAGCCGCAGGUUAAUCUGCUGGCAGGCCAUCAUGAAUUGUCAGACAGAGCCUGAGUGCCAUUACGCAUAUGGACAGUACAUGCAGGCAUGCGCUGCUGUUCUGAGAGGGGACAGGAAGAGGUGUCCCAGUCACUGCAUCUCCUCUCUGGUGCAGCUCAACCUGACGAAGAACGGGCCUGCGCUUGAGGACUGCAGCUGUGCUUCGGACCCCAUCUGCCGGAACACCAAGCGGGCCAUCGAGCCAUGCCUCCCCAGGACUAGCAACAUGGGCUGCACCGAGGCCCGGAUGCAGUGUGAAAGAGACCAGCCGUGCAGCUCUGCCAUGCGAGACUAUUUAAUCUACUGCGGGAAGCUUUUCAGCGGGGCAACUUGCACGAAUGCUUGUCGGAAUGUGAUUGCAGACAUGCGCAAAAUACCCAAAGCGGAGCUGUUGGAUUCGUGCGUGUGCGACGGGACGGAGAGGACCAUCUGCGAGUAUGUCAAGAUUAGCAUGAAGAACCUGUGCUUCCAAGCUCCUGUGACGGCGGAGGACGGCAGCGGGUCAGAGGACUACGAGGAAGAUGAUGGGGGCUUCCCGGUGUCAGAACCAGAGUUCGUGGGGAGGAGCGCCGGUUCAGGUGGCUCUGCUUUGGGCACCUGUGGUGUUGUGACAACGGUGACUGCAUCUGUCCUGAUUCUACUAGUGCCUCUUCUUUAAACUCUCCUCAUAGUAAAACAUAUAGAUAUAUAUUUCAGACUGUUGGACAGAUAAACACAUUGAUGGCCUUACAAACUCAGACUGUUGUUCAGACAAAGUUGAAACUCUUGCCUUUCCAAACAGACGCCAGUCAGUCUGGCCCAAUACUAUUGAAGGAAGAAGCUACUACUCCGAAGAACAGCGAAUGUAAUAUUUCGUACAUAACCAAACUUGCUUUUUUUAAAGUACGACUUUUUUCUGUACUAAAAGAUAUCGAAUGCAGUUAGUAUUUUCUAUGCAAAUAUUAUAUUCAAUAACAUUAUGGAACCUUGUUGUAUCACUGGCCUGAAGAAAAAUGUCCUUUAUUUUAAAACACAAUCAGAAAUGGAGACAUGGACAUCAGGCCUGCUCUAGUCCAUUUCUAUACUACAUGUCACAUCAGGCCCGCUCUAGUCCAUUUAUAUACUACAUGUCACAUCAGGCCUGCUCUAGUCCAUUUCUAUACUACAUGUCACAUCAGGCCCGCUGUAGUCCAUUUCUAUACUACAUGUCACAUCAGGCCUGCUCUAGUCCAUUUAUAUACUACAUGUCACAUCAGGCCUGCUCUAGUCCAUUUCUAUACUACAUGUCACAUCAGGCCUGCUCUAGUCCAUUUCUAUACUACAUGUCACAUCAGGCCUG